AUGCCUUCACAGGAGACACUCAAUUCUACCGGCCAGCUCGUCCUUCACGCCACGCUUCGCAUUGACGCGUCACAAAUUCCGGCCUUCCUAGCUGCACUUCGCCCGGCCUGGGAAUCCUGCAUCCAUGAGCCUGAAUGCCUCUUCUUCGACGUCUCCCACUCACCCACAGAGCCGGGAACGUUCCGCUUCGUGGAAGUCUGGCAGGGUGAUCAGAAGUGGUUUGAAGACGUUCAGGCGAAGAAGGAAUAUUAUGUCCCGUAUCUGGAGGUGACGAGGCCUAUGUGGGUGGGAGACCGGGAGUUGGUGUUCACUGAGAGGGUGGAGGGGUGGAGUUUCGCCAACGAGGCGUACCUGGAGGGGACUAUUAAGCAGUAG